GACCUUCCCACUGGCCGUCUGGUUGAGCCUGCCACGCAAAAACCGCGGGACGCGCUUUGGGGCGCCUUUUGCCAGUGGCUUUUGGGCCAAGGGAUAGCCGUUACCGAGCUCACCGAAGCCCCGGGGACCAACGACGUUGAUGCGGUGAACUGUGUUCUGACCCGCUAUGGGCGGGAGCUGUACCGUUCAGGCCGCCCCUACUCCCACUACAGCGAGCUUGUCAACGCCUACUCGGCUAGGGUCCCAAAGCUCAGAAGGUUGCUUCAGCUAGCGUGGGACCUGGCUUUUUCCUGGAAACGUGCUGAGCCGGGCCGGCAUCACAUCGCUAUGCCUUGGCAGAUCCUCCUCGCCCUCGUCACCACUGCCUUCCUUUGGGGAUGGCCGCGCACAGCUGGAGUACUUGCACUCACCUGGGGUGGGCUUCUUCGUAUCGGCGAGGCCCUGGGAGCAAAGCGAGCAGACCUCAUGCUCCCCACGGACGUGUGGGACACUAUAGACUUCGCCUUCCUGACCAUCAGGGAGCCAAAAACCAGGUACUCGGCUGCUAGGCACCAAUCGGUGCGGAUAGACCAGCCCGACAUCUUGAAGAUCGUCACGCUUGUUUUUCGUGGUCUCCGACCUUUCGAAAAGUUGUGGCCCUCUUCGGGUCAGACCUUACGUACACGCUUUCGCCAGCUCUGUGGCGCCCUGAAGCUGCCGUGUGGUUGGUCCGGAGCGACUCCAGGUCUUGAACUGGCGUCGCUCCGCGCUGGCGGGGCUACCUGGCUGCUCAUGCAGAACGAGGACUCUGAACUGGUGAGACGGCGGGGCCGCUGGCUCACGGCAAAGAUCAUGGAGAUCUACAUCCAGGAGGUCUCGUCGAUCCAGUUCCUCCCUUCGUUAAAGCAGGAGACAAAGGGCCUCAUACAGGCUGCUUUGGAAGCCUUCAGUGACGUGCUCCGUAAGGUCGACUUCUUUGUUACCACGGGCAUUUUGCCCCAGGCGUGGUAUAAACUGUUUGCAGCGAGGAUGAUCGCGACGACGUGGGUGGGCGGAACGGGUGGAGCUGCAGGCUUGAAUGUGCCAAAACAUCGGCACUAA